CAGCUAUGAUGCCGAUGGUGUGAUGCAGUGAAGGAGGGUAUUUUGAUCUUUUUGUUCUGGUAUGGGUUCAGUUAGUAAUAAUGGGUUAAAGAAAGUAACAGCCUUUAUUUUAUUCAUAUAGCAGUUACAACUUGCAACUGUUACCGAUUUUCAAAUUACGCGCUUCUUCGUUUCGUUCCAUUUCAUUUCACGUUCGUUUUUCAGCCUCUGUUUCAUUCACAGAUCAUUCGCCGCAACGCAGGUUCUUCGUUAAUUUGAUUUUCUGAUUUAAACGGUUCGUUUUGGUCACCAUUACGCUACGCUGCCAGUUUCUGAGGCAAAAACGAAUACCAGAAGAGCUCAUUCCAAUGGAAUUUGAGGAAGCGCAUAACAAUUUCCUCGCUAUAAGACUGUUAUAUAGACUUCUCGAAGAUAAUAGCAUCGCCUUGCAAAAUUCAAAUCCAAAGCAUUUGGUUGAGUGGGCACGAGAUUUAUUGAAAAGUUUACUGGAUGUUGCUGUUGAAAGUGUUUUUGAGACUCAUUUAAAGUGGCAGGAAUCAAAUUCUCUAGUGAAAUAUCCAACUUGUAGUAAAAUGACUUCAGAGAAGGAUGAGCAGCCUCAGUUGAGAUUAAUUUCAAAGAAACAACUGCCAGAGCUGUCAAAGUUUAGUAUCUCAGAUGACGGAGGAACAAAAUGUAAAACAUUAGACUGUAUAGAUGAGGAAAGCAGUUCGAUGCAACAGAAUGCAGUAAAGGCAACAGGCCUGUCUGAUGAUAUUGACAGUUUGCCCUAUACAGAGAGUAUCCAUAGCAAACAACAGCAAAAUGAUGUAAACCCUUUAUAUGGUGAUGGUGAAGAUGCAAAAGAAUCUUUACAAAUGUUUGAUUCAAAAGAUGAUGAGCAAAAUGAAAAGAAUAAUGUAAUAUUGCUGAACAGAAUCCAUGAAGCGCAAAGAAACUCUGAUGCUGCUGGACAGGUUGAACAUCUGAAUCAGAAGGGAGAGUUCUCUGAUGAUUUGGUUAAUGCAAUAAAAAGAAUUGAGUCUCGGAUUUUGGCUUUCCAAAUUUGUUCCAAUGUGAUGGAUUCCACUAAGAACAGUGCAGGUCAUCUUACUACACUUGAAGCAGCAAAUUCAGACGGUCCUGCAAUGCAGAGAAACAGUGGAGUUUCAGGGAAUCAGAUGAGCAGUGGAAAGUCCCUCUUGAAAGGACAUAGGUUGAUGAGUCAAAAAACAUUUAAAUCGAGUUGUAAGGAUGAAAAUUCGAUUUCUGAAAGUGCAUUUGAGGAAUCCCUUUUUCGUGGAAAGGAAUCAUUGAAUCAAAGUCAGAUGGCAAAUCAGAACUAUUGCCUUCAAAAUAGUGCAGAGUCUGCAAAGAAUAUUGAUGUACCGAAGCAAAGUAGUACCCAGAUGGUAUCAAGAGGAGAGUGCUUGAGCAAUCAUGAAAGAAUUCAAAAUUCAGAACGAAACAUAGCUAUAGAUAGUGUGAAGCCAAUAGAUAGGUUAGUUAGCGGUGAUGCCUAUUUUGGGACUCGAGCUAGUAAGGGUAUUCAAGGUUUCAGGGUCCCUUUGAAUCAAGACAAUAAUAGUAAGAAACAUUCCAUGUUAUUAAGUAAAACAAACAGGGAAAGUUCAGCAAGAAAAAAUCCAGUGGCAUGGUCUAAGACUGAUCAGAAUCCGAGGGAAAUGAUUUCUGAAUCUUCCUAUACUCAGAAGUCAGCUAGAUCAAAGACCAUUAUUACAAGGAGAGAAAAACCACCACCUCAUCAGAUGGUAAUGAAACCAACCCUAUUGGAUCAGAGAUCCAGUGACAUUAAGGUAAAUUCCCAUAAACAUAGAGACAGGAGAAAGACCCUUAACACUAGUCAUCUUGAACCACGGAAUACAAAGGUUCUACAACAACAUCUUGAACGGGAGGAAUCAAGCUCAAGCUCAAGCUCUAAGUUUGACUCUGACUCUUCUAGCUGGAGUUCUCAGCAAGGUAGUGCCAAUAGUAGUAGUAUUGACUCUGAGGACUAUUCCUUGUCAGAUGGAACACAGUGUCCCUCAUCAGAAAGGAUGGUGGAUGCUGCAUAUGAGGGCAGUUCAGAGGGGACUAUCAAUUCAUAUCUCGAGAUGGAUGAUGACCCUUCUCCUAGAUUAGGAAGUUUCAAAUCUUAUAGACAUCACCAUGAAAGAUAUCAUAAGGAAACAACUGGAAGAUUAAGGAGGCUGAAAAAUAAGUUGGGACUAAUCUUUCACCACCACCAUCAUCACCAUCAUCAUCAUGAUGAUCAUGGUAAUUCUCAUUCUAGAGAAGGUCAUGGACCUACUAAGUGGAAUCACUUGCAAAAUGUCUUCCACCAUAAAGACAAGCAUGGAGUGUUAACAAAAAAUGUUGAGAAGACAAAGGGAGGGCCUGCUGCAAAAGUGUUGUCCGGAAACCAGGUUGGGCAGUUUAAUAGACUUGCGGAAGGGGUACUGAGACACAUCCGGCAUUCAAAGAAACCAAAGCCUCCCAAGCUUGAUGUGGUGAAACAGUCAAGGAAUAAGUCACAUGGACAUAAUCAGAAGAAGUUGCUUUGGUUGCAAAUCCUUAGAAAACAACGAGGAGUGAAGAUGAAAAACCAAGGCAGAGCUAAAAUGGGAUUUAUGAGCCAAAACUCACUAAAGAAUUAUUGAUUGAUUUUGGUUGCGCCUAAGAAUUUCUCAUCUCACAGCUAUUACCUUUACGCUCGUAGUAUUCAAAACUCGUAUCAGAUUGGCAGAACAGGUAUGUCCUAUGAUUUUCUUCUAUUUUGGCUAUGUUGAAUGGAAGCUUUGUAACACUUGAAAUUCAUAGAUAUGGACCCAAUGAUGCAGCAUUUUGUAACUGCAUUGUUAUUCGGAUUUUAUUAAUAUGUAUUCAUAAUUAUACUGGGUAUGCUUGUUAUUCUUGGUACUCAAAGCAGGGUCGUUGCAUUCUUUGUUUAUUUGAAUUAGUUUUAUAAGUU